UCAUGCUGCUGCCAAGUCCAGAGUCUGUCAUGGGUCCCUGUACGGCCUCCCAUUGCUGCUGUCUCCAUCGCCACACUCUGCCAUGUGCCACUUUCAGGUCUCCUCACACUGCUGGUGUGUUCCAUUUUUUGUCAUAGGGUGCUGGCAGAUUACGGGCCUCCCAUAGCUGCUGCCAGGCCCCUAAUCUGCUAUGGGCCCCUAUACCGCCUCCUCAUGCUGCUGCCAAGUCCAGAGUCUGUCAUGGGUCCCUGUACGGCCUCCCAUUGCUGCUGUCUCCAUCGCCACACUCUGCCAUGUGCCACUUUCAGGUCUCCUCACACUGCUGGUGUGUUCCAUUUUUUG